ACCACGGACAAACCAGCUAGUUAGCGUCCGUUGGAAACAAAACCGAAAAGCAAGUCUGAACCCAGGCUGCGUUUCGUGACCCAGCGUAGCUAAAUAUCUGCUUUUGAGUUUUUGACCGCGCACCAGUUCGACCCAGAGGCGAAGAUGGGGGUGCCGAAAUUUUACCGAUGGAUAUCCGAGCGCUACCCUUGUCUCAGUGAAGUUGUCAAGGAGCACCAGAUCCCAGAGUUUGACAAUCUCUACCUGGACAUGAACGGGAUCAUCCACCAGUGCUCGCACCCGAACGAUGAGGACGUGCACUUUCGCAUCUCGGAGGAAAAGAUUUUUGCCGACAUCUUCCAUUACCUGGAGGUGCUCUUCCGGAUCAUCAAGCCCCGCAAGGUCUUCUUCAUGGCCGUGGAUGGCGUGGCGCCGCGGGCGAAGAUGAACCAGCAGAGGGGAAGGAGAUUCAGGUCUGCCAAAGAAGCAGAGGAUAAGAUCAAAAAAGCCCUGGAGAAAGGGGAGGUCCUUCCUACUGAGGCUCGCUUCGAUUCCAACUGUAUCACUCCAGGCACUGACUUCAUGGCGAGGCUUCAGGAGCAGCUCAAAUAUUUUGUCAACAACAAGAUCUCCACGGACACACUAUGGCACAACGUCCGAGUCUACCUGUCGGGUCAUGAGACACCAGGGGAAGGGGAACAUAAGAUCAUGGAGUUCAUUCGCUCUGAAAACGCAACGCCAGAGCACAACCCGAAUACCCGACACUGUCUAUACGGCCUGGAUGCCGACCUGAUGAUGUUGGGUUUAACCAGCCACGAGCCAAAUUUCUCUCUGCUCAGAGAAGAGGUCCGCUUCGGAGGAAAGAAAUCCCAGAAAAGGAUAACGGCUCCAGAGGAGACAACUUUUCACUUACUUCACUUGUCUCUGAUGAGGGAGUACAUCGACUACGAGUUCUCUUCGCUCAGGAAUCACAUUGGCUCCGAUUAUGACUUGGAGCGAAUUAUAGACGACUGGAUUCUAAUGGGCUUCCUCGUGGGAAAUGAUUUCAUCCCUCAUCUCCCUCAUCUCCACAUCAACCAUGAUGCUUUGCCAUUGUUGUACAAGACCUACAUCACUGUGCUACCCAGCUUGGGGGGGUAUCUGAAUGAAAACGGCCAUUUAAACCUCAGAACUUUUGAGAAGUACCUGGAGAAGCUUGCUGAGUUUGACCGGGAACAUUUUAACGACGUGUUUGUGGACCUGAAGUGGUUUGAGAGUAAAGUUGGAAACAAGUAUUUGAACGAGGCAGCCGGACUCGCAGCAGAGAAGGAGGCGGCUUGCAAAGGCGCCAACAAGUCGCAGGAUUCUUCCCUUGGUCUGGCAGCUCUUACACCAUCAGAUGGAGUGACUGGAAAAGGAAAGGGAACUGUGGGAGACGACGAUGAGGAGGAGGAGGACGAUAUGUUUGAAACCGAGUUCAGACAGUACAAACGCACCUACUAUAUGACCAAGAUGGGCGUGGAUGUGGUGUCUGACGAGUUUCUUGCCAGGCAGGCCAAGUGUUACGUGGAAGGCAUCCAGUGGAUCCUCCACUACUAUUACCACGGGGUCCAGUCCUGGAGCUGGUACUACCCCUACCACUACGCCCCUUUCCUGUCUGACAUCAGGAAUAUAGCCGGGCUAAAACUGACCUUUGACCUCGGCAAACCCUUCAUGCCCUUCCAGCAGCUUUUGGCCGUCCUGCCUGCCGCCAGUAAGGAGCUGCUGCCCACGUCUUAUAGGCCCCUGAUGACCAGUGAGAUUUCGCCCAUCAUCGAGUACUACCCCCUUGACUUUAAAACGGACCUCAAUGGCAAGCAGCAGGAGUGGGAGGCCGUGGUGCUCAUCCCCUUCAUAGACGAGAGGUGUUUACUAGCUGCCAUGGAGCCCUGCAAUCACAAGCUGACUAAAGAGGAGAAGGCCAGGAAUUGCCACACGGAGUGUGAAGUCUACACGUAUGACGGUGAAAUGGAUUUCCCGUACACCUCGCCCCUGCCUCACUUGUUCCCCGACAUCAUCCACUGCCACGCCAGGAACGCAUACAUCCCCAUGGACGCCUGGCAUGUGCCUCUGGACCAUGUCAGCAGGCGACUGGACCGCUCAGCUCUCUACUUCUGUGGCUUCCCCACUCUGCAACACAUCAAACACAAGUACUUUAAGCGGAAGAGCGGGGUGGUCGUGUUCCAGCAGAGCAGCAGAGGGGAGAACAUGAUGCUUGAGAUCCUUCCCAGCGAAGAAGGAGAGAUGUUAUGCGACGAUGUUGCUGCGCAAGUCCUGGGGAAGUCCGUGUUCGUGAACUGGCCCCAUCUAGAGGAAUCUCGCAUCAUUGCAGUGUCAGAUGGAGAGACCAAGUUCAGUCUGGAGGAACCCCCUGGUGUCCAGAGAGUGUAUGACAGCCCUUCAACUCCUCCGCCCACCAGAGUCGUCUGCCUGUCUGACAAGGAGCAGAAGGAUUGGGUGAAAGAUGUCCAGGGAAUCACUGAACACUUCCUGAAGAGGAAAGGCAUCAUGGUGAAUGAGACGGAGGUCGUUUUGUACGGCCAGUUGCUGACGGGAAGGAAGUACGUCCCCAAAGCCAACGGAGCGGUGGAACUAGAGAAGCAGUGGGCCAAACAAGUUCUCCCUUUCGCCUUCCAGACCGUGGUCAAGGACAUCGAGGCCUUUUACUCGUCUCUGACCUGUUUCAAGAGCUUGGACGAGCUUUUCCCUCAAGCAACCACCGUCUUCAUGGUGGGGAACCCAUACUACGGUGCCAUGGGAGAGGUGCAGGAUUCCAGCGACGUCAUCAAAGACGGCCGAGUGCGCGUGGUCUUCAACGUGCCGCAUGAGCCACAGCUGGAGCCACUUAUCCAGAAUCAGCACAAAUACUGUGUGAGGUACAGUCCUGGAUACGUUCUGGCGUCUCGUCUCGGCACCACCAGCUACCUCGUGUCACGCUUCUCUGGAAGCAUCUUCAUCGGCAGAGGCUCGAAGAGGAAUCCCUGUGGGGAGCAAAAAGCCAACGUGGGCUUGAACCUGAAGUUCAACAAGAAGAAUGAGGAGGUCCCUGGAUACACCAAGAGAACUGAAAAGGAGUGGGUCUACUCCGCUGCUGUGGAGGAACUGCUCGGCGAAUACCUGGACAGAUUUCCUGAGGUAUUCAACACAGUGUCCAGAAACAGUCACGAUGACGUUUUCUAUGAAGAUGACAUCUGGCCUGGAGUGGACCAGAAUGGGGCUGAGAAAGUUGCUGAGAUCACUUCGUGGUUGAAAGGUCACCCAGUGAGCUCCAUCAGCAGGGCGUCGUGUGACCUGCAGGUGCUGGACUCCGCCAUUGUGGAACGGAUCGAGGAUGCCGUGGAGAAAGCCAAGGUAAAGAAGAGCACCAAGAAAGUCCGUGUGACUGUCAAACCUCAUCUGCUCUUCAGGCCGCUGGAGCAGCAGCAGGGCGUGGUUCCGGACCCGGAUGCAGAAUAUCGCCUGUUUGACAGAGUCGUCAACAUCAGGGAGAGCUUCACUGUCCCACUGGGACUCCGAGGAACAGUUGUCGGAAUUAAAGGAGCGGAGCGUGAGGCAGAGGUUCUCUAUGAGGUACUGUUUGAUGAAGACUUUGCUGGUGGUCUUAACGUCAGGUCAUCUUCGCCUCGUGGUUACCGCGUCCCUCCCUGCGCCCUCAUCAAUCUCUCCCACGGAGGCCGGGCGGACCACACCUCCCACAAACUCACUGCAAUUGUCAAACCUCAGCCUGUGGCCGGAGCCAACUUCCACUCACAACGCCAGCUGGCCGGCCUCAACCACUCGCCACGGUCACCGUUCAUACCCAUGCAGCACAACAACAAACAAGGUGUGGUGAAGGCAGCCUCCCAGGGCAACAGGAACUCCCCCUCUAAGGGUCCCUUCCAGAAACAACAGGGCAGGAGCAAAGAGGAGUACAGCAAUGCAUGGCAGUCACCGCAGAACAUGGGCCCUCCGAACAAACCUCCUGCUCACUGGCAGAAUAAUGAAGGACACUCUCAACAGGGGAGGAACCACACAAACCCCAACAAAUCUGUGCCAGUUGGUGGAAUCAGACUGUUGAAGAAAAACGAAGAUGUUGACUCCCUGUUCCCCUCACAGAACACCGCCAACAAGGCUUCAACUGAGUUCGAGGAUCUCAUUGCCAGUCUAAAGAUCUCUGCAGGAAACCAGCAGACGCCUCCUCCUCCUGCUCCUCCGCAAGUUCCCGCCAGCCACUCAGACGUCCCGCUGUCUCCACAGUCCUUCGCCAUGAAGGGAACACUUGUACUGAAGGAGAUGCUGAAGAUCGACAGUUCAGGCGGAGGAAGUCCCCCUAACCAGGACACUACCAACACCACCCCCUCUGGAGGUCAGCAGCAGAACAGGAGACGGUCGUCCAAGAAACUAGCGGCAAAGAUGAAUGCCCCCCAGGGUGACACAGGUUCCCCUGCGCCAGCCACGUCCAGCAACCUCACCAAUGCUGUACUGACCAGUAAGGUGUCGGAGCUGGCUUGUGUCUGUGUGGGGUUGGGCAUGGCACCACCCGAUUUCAGCUUUAUAGGCAACAGACAGGGCCUGGUUGUGUGUCAGGUGAAGCUGUCCAAUGGGCUGAUGGUCCACGGUCCACAGUGCCAGUCCGAAAACGAUGCCAAGGAGAAAGCUGCCUUCUUUGCCCUCCAAAGACUGAACUCCCUGGGAUCAGGCUUCCCUCUCCCACCUCCCCUGUACCCAGGAAUGGGUCCGAUUCGACCUCAAUCAAUGGGAGCCAUGGCUCCUCGGGUCUUUAACCAACAAGGUGGUUUACUGUUGCCCCCGCAGGGUUACGCUCCGGCCCAUAUGUGGGGGAUGCCUCUGCCUCCGCACCACCAGGGCCAAUCAUUUUAUGGGGCGCCGGGAACCUUCCCUGGUGCCGCCCGGCCCCAGCCUGCAGCAACAGCACCGCCCAUUGGCUCACACAACCAGUUCAUCCCAUUACAGGUGACCAAGAAGCGGGUCUCGGCCAACAAGAAGAACCAGGACACUCGGGAGUUCUACAGUGCGGCCCAUACCGUGGCCAGGAACCAAUCGCACAAAGCCCAGUACCAGCCCUCUGGCCAGUCGCAAAUCCAGAGUGAACCACAGAGCGGCCAGGGCAACCAGCAGCACCAACACGCCGCCAACAGCAACGCCUCUUUGUCCAGUCUAACGGAGGCUGUUUCCACGACGACAGCAGCCCCACACACACCGCCUAGGCAAAACGUCCCAGCAACAGGCCACACCCCUGGCUCCGCCUCCAAGAGAAGGCACAGGAAGCUUGCUGUCAACUUCGAGGCGGCUAAAGUCUCCGAGUGAUGAGCUUGCGUGCGUGUGUUUAAGGGCAGGAGUAUGUGUAGUGAUGUGAAGUUGCUAUUUCAAAGCCUGACUCAGCAGCUCCGGUCAAAACCUCCUGAAUGAUUCACUCAACAUUUCAACAUAAAAAAGCAUCUUCAGUUGAAUCAGAGACACAGAGCUACUUAAGAUUUUUAUUUUAUUUUAUUUUUCACUUCUGACUGAUGUUGUGAGUGGUGUUCACUUGAGCAAACUAAAUAAUUCCCCCCUUCGCUGCCGUCCGCUUCACAACACAGCUCAGAAGUGUCGAGUAUCAGAGUUAUGUAAGUAAGUAAGUACCAAGCCCGGCUGUUGUGGUGCGUCGCUACCUCCGACCUGUUGCCUUCUGCGACACACUGCUGACAGUGUGAGCCUACAGCUGGCUGGGUGCUGGCUAAGAAGAGUGAGGUGCAUUCUUUUUUUGUCCUUUCUUUGAGUGUUGGACAAAGCAGUUGAUUUGUUGGACCAGAAUGAGACCGUCAGCGUUCUAUUCAGCAUCUUUAAAGGUAAAACUAUGAUUUAUUACAGCUUUUAUUUCUGUAGCUCUGGGUCGUAAUUUGAUCAGCUGUACUAACCCGGCAACAUCUGGCAGCAUCGCUUAAAAACCAUGACCAAAGGCAGCAUCUUCAUCCAUCCACCCGCACAGCUGCAGCAGCAGCAGUAGCAUGCACUCACACUUCUAUGUGUUCUGUGAGGAAUCUUUGCUUUACCAUCAGGUUUAUAGGAAACCCUGAUUAUUGGACUGCCUGCUUAAAGAUUUCUGCAGGUUUCUUAUCGUCACUGAUACCUUAGACUCCUUGUGUUCACCCGGUCUGGUUGAGAACGGUUAAUUUUGAAACAAAACACUUGCCUUAAAAGUGCGUCGCCUUCAUUAAAUGUAUGUUGGGAAAAUGCAGUAUCUACUCAUCAGCCAGCAUGUGGGGCCUCCCAUCGUCUCCUCUUCAAAGCGUUGCCUUGCGCAGUUCAUUUAGGGACAGAAGCAUUUUCACACGGACUAAAGCGGCCGUCCGUCGCCUUGUGGCAACACAGAAUGAGAACAUCCAUCUAAAUGCUGAUUUGUUGAGAUCCAUCGUGCUCCUGGUCACACUGUGCCCUCCAUGUUCCUGAAAACGCUCUUGGAUCAAAUUUGGAUCUCGGUUCUCAGGGACGUGUAGCUGUGAUAGAAGCUCCCCUCGUGCCCGAGCCUCAAGAUUUGCACCGCGGCGCUCAACCAGUCUCUCUCCGAGUAACGGCGGACAUACUUGGAUAUUUACCACCAGCUUGAAAUACCAGCCUUCUGUCACGGCUACACUUGUGCACACUGCUAAUGAGUCAUUAGUCAUGUGUAUCAACAUACACCGGAACAUUUUGUGCUCUGUGAAUGACGCCUCCAAAGUAAAGCUUUCUGAACGAUGCAAAAUUAUGUUGUCAUGGUAAGCGACACACACACACACACACACACACACACACACACACACACACACACACACACACACACACACACACACACACAGAAUUGUAUUGCCACUCCAGACCUGUGGCAAAUAACCCAGAGUCCCACUCGCCCGACAAUAAAGAGCUAAUUUACUUUUUUUGAAGUGGACCCUGCGAAGUCCUUGAAUUUUAUUGUUGUGGUCUACAGACUUAAUUACAGAUUAAUUUAAAUUUAACAACAACAAAAAAAGAAGCAACUUAGCACCUGAUUUUACACAGGUGCAGGAUUCAUCCUUGUCUUUAUUGUCUUGCUUCCACUAAGAUUAAACAUAGUUUUUAUUACGAAUGCGGGAGCCGAGGUUUAUAACACCAUGUACUUUUGGCCUUUUAAAUGGAAAUACAUAAAUUCAAACCCCAGGAAAAUUUGAUUUUAUUGAUUGUGUAAAGAUUUCUGACGUGACAGAUGUCACAUUGUACUAUUAUGUUUGUAUCUGGCAAACAUUUUCAUUUUGAUCUAGUGCUUUAAUUGUGAAAAGUCCUCUGUCACCACUCACAUUAAGAGACAACACUUAGUACUAGAAGGGUUGAAAGUAGGUUCUUUUGUAUCUGUGUGAUUGCAGCCAAAGAGCAUUGUAACUCGUCCAUAACAGGUACUGAUGAUAUAUAAUUAUGUACACACUAAAAUUGAUAAUGAUAAGUCUCUGAGAUGCUGCUUGCGAAUUCAAUUUUGGGUUUUAUUGUACCCUUCUAAACACACCUGGACUUGUUUAUACAACAUCCGUGUAUAUUAAACCUCUCUUUUAAAGAUCUUUUCCUUUUUCCUAUUUCAAGCUAUGGUUUUAAAAAACUUUUUAUAGACGUAUUAGGCUCUUUUCUAAGCGAGCUGAAUAAUUCUCGUUUCAAUAAUGUCUGUGGUGAAGCCACAGUGAUGGAGGCAUCACUGCAAUCAUUUUUACUUUGUCCUCGUUUUGAGGGACGCGGAUGUAAGUGUUAUUUGUUUGCGUGUUGGUUUGUUUGGGUUGACGUUCGUCUCAACACCGACCCUGGGACUCGCGUCUAAAAGGCUCUGGUGCGAUAAGAGGUUUUAAAACAUUUUGGAAAUUGAAGCACACCUUGUAUAUCUGUUGUUGUUUUUUUUGUUUUUGUUUUUUGUCGUUGUUUUUGGAAAUGAAACAAAAGAAUUCUCAAUCUGAAAAGAUAAUGACUUGAUGUUUUGAUUCAGGAAUGUGCUGUACAUAUCCAUUUAAUAAAGUGAACCUUGUUAAAA